AUGCCAAGUCCACUAUCUUCCUCUUCAAUUAUAGAGGAGGUUCAAGCUUCUCGCAACAGCAGCGAAGAAGUCCAGAACCCCCCCGAAUUAUGGACUUUGACCAGAGCACCACGACCAACAAUCAUCGCAUCUGCUGGAGAUUUAUCGCUAAGGGAUCUACGUCUGAUGCACCACUGGUCAACUUUCACUUGGAACACCCUUACCGUCGGUGAUGAGGCCAAUAGGAUCCUCUUGGUUACCGUUCCUCAACUUGCCUUCGAGAGCGAGUAUCUGUUAUAUUGCAUACUCGGCAUAUCCUCGCAUCACCUAGAACAUGUUGAUCCCACCUCCCGCGACAAUCGAGCCUCGACCGCCAUAUAUCGAGUCAAAGCACUAAAAGCUUUUCGUGAAGUAUUAGCACGAGGUGAUAAUCCGACUCUAAACUGGGAAGCCGCCCUAAUGAUGUCGUCACUGUUACUAGCCCUGUGUUCGAUGGGCACGCAGAAAGGAGAAGGGGAUUUUACGAUAAUCAGUUGGCUUACAUUAUUCCGUGGUUUAAAAGCCACCAUGAUGAUAAGAGGCCCCGAAGCACUCAUGAUGACAAGCGUAUCUCCCGUUUUUCGACGAAUUCUCACAGAGCUUCACAUUGGUCCUAUUAUACCCAAAAUCCUUCUCAGCCUACUUCAAGGAGUGCCUGAAUUAGAUCCCGACUUUCAAUACCUUGAAUCAUAUUACCAAGCGCUUAACGUACUGGGGAGUCUCUAUGCAAGUUUAGCUCAAGAUGGCCUAGCCCCGGCAUUGGUCAUGAGAGUUAUCGCAUGGCCAACCUAUCUUACUGAAGAUUUCGUAAAUUGUGCGAAAGAAAAACGGCCCAGAGCACUGAUUAUCUUGGCGUAUUUUUUGGUCUUUUUCAACCUUGCCGAGGGUUUGUGGUGGAUGGAUAGAAUGGGGGAUACAGAUAUCAAGGCCAUUGCGGAGACAGUAGGGACAGAAUGGCUACUAUACUUGAGUGUGCCCCUUGAGGCUACGACCACAAGAAAUGCGGAGGAAGUUGCAAGAUUACUACUCAGGGAAUUAACUUGA